AUGGAAUACCACUGUCCCCCAAACAAUUAUUUUGAUGCUUUGCUGCAGUCGUGCCAAUCCUGUAGUCUCUUAUGUAUAUCAUCACCACCACGAGCGUGCCAGCGUUUUUGUGCAACAACUGCAGAUGCUGGCAGCCCAGACAAGGAUACGUCCUGGAUUAUUUGGCUAACUAUGGCCUUAAUAGCGGUUCUAAUAUUGACAGUUUUCAUGAUGUCCAUCUUGCUUGGAAAAAAACUGAAAAAAAGAAAAGAACAUGGAGAUUCUUGUCAAGAAACAAAUGCCAAAGACAACAAUGAGACGGAAAACAAGAUUAACAAUCCAGUAUUAGAGACGGUCUGUUGUAAUGAAGUCAGAAGACAAGCCUGGCAGAAUGAAGAAGUGGAAGUCCGUGUGUAUGAUUUUUGUGACAAGGCUUUAUCUGACUACCUGUUUCCUUUACCCGCUAUAGAGGAAGGAGCGGCUAUUCUUGUCACCACAAAAACAUCUGUUUGCUGUAACCCGGUCCCAGGUGUCAAGGGUGACGCUUUUGUGGAAAUUUAACAUUCACGCUUUCCUGUUUAAGAGGGAUUUAAAUACAAAAGUGCACACCGUAGGAAAAUAUAUUAUGCUGCUCUCUUGAAAAACAUUGUGUGGGUCUGAUGGCAGUCCCAUUGUAAACUUAGUUGUGAAACAGAAAUAUACAAACAAGGUGCCACGUACACUUGCCAGCUGCUUAAAAAUGGGCAAGUAGCGUCACCUUCC